AUGACCCUUUCUACCAGCGAAGACGCUGUUGGCUCCGAUCCGCUAGACGUGCAGACACUGGCCGCCAACUUCGACACGCUCAUGGCAAACAUCAACAAGAGAACCCAGCAGCUCGCAGAACAGGUGUACGAACACGUGCAGGAGAAGAAGCAGAUUUCCGACGAAAACCUGACUGCGAUCGAGGCAAAGUUGCAGCAGUUUGGAGGAUUGCUUGAUAAAUGCAACGACCUAAACACAGAAAUAGACAAACUCGAACAGCUACAACUGUUCACGCGUGACUUCAACCUCCGACUUCAAUCCUUAAGCGAUACACUCAGACGUGUUAAAACGUGA